AUGUAUAAAAGAGCUUUUCACUUUUUUUUGUUAAAUUUCGAAAACAUUUUCUACUUGCCCUUUUUCAUCCAUUCAGUUACGCGGAUUCUAACUAAAAUGCCCGAGAAAAAAGAAGAGCUUCUAGCAGCUGGAUUGUCUUCUGAAGCUGCCGAUGGAAUCAUUAAAAUCACAGAAGAGGCUGAAGCAAAGGGCGCCCGUAUGGGACCACCCAAAAAUGGAUUCGAUUUUUUGGGAAGACUGGGAACACUUUUGACAGAUUUGGAUACUUUUAUCAAGACUAAAUCCAAACAAGAUCAGGAGGCAUACAAAAAGGUUAUGGAGAAGAAAAAGGCUGAAUGGGAAGCGGCUGCUAAGAAAUGA